GCGGCAGCGCCAGCGCUGGGGACAGCAGAAGUGAGUACGCGAGCGGCGCAGCAAGAUCCCUGCUCGGACCCCGGACGGUGAGCGCACCCGGUGCCCCGAAUCCGAGGCGGGCCCGCGGCAGGCCGCCAGAUAACUGUACCCCCUAACUACCACCACUUGCGCCCUCCUGCCCCGGCCCGCCUCCCGGAGUUCUCCGGCUCCGAGCUCUCCAGCGCCCGGGAUCCUCCUGGACCGGUCCGUCCAGAUUGCCGCGGGGCCGACCUGCCUGCAUCCCCCAGCAUCUACGGGCUCGGGCCGCCGCCUCGGUCCCGGAGCCGCCCGCCUGGAUUGCACCCUCUUCUUGCCCGGACCUCCUGGGACCGUACGCGAGCGUUCCUCGGAGCCCGCGGAGCGGACCCUCCCCCAGGUGCCCCCAGCCCCGCCGGCGCGGCCCGGCGCGGCCCGGCUCGGCUCCUGGAGCCCUCCCCGGCCAUGGCCCGAGCCCGCCCGCCGCCGCCGCCGCCGCCGGGGCUCCUGCCGCUGCUCCCUCCGCUGCUGCUGCUCCCGCUGCUGCUGCCCGCCGGCUGCCGGGCGCUGGAAGAGACCCUCAUGGACACAAAAUGGGUGACUUCUGAAUUGGCAUGGACAUCUCAUCCAGAAAGUGGGUGGGAAGAGGUGAGUGGCUACGAUGAGGCCAUGAACCCCAUCCGCACGUACCAGGUCUGUAACGUGCGAGAGUCAAGCCAGAACAACUGGCUCCGCACGGGGUUCAUCUGGCGGCGAGACGUGCAGCGGGUCUACGUGGAGCUCAAGUUUACCGUGCGUGACUGCAACAGCAUCCCCAACAUCCCUGGCUCCUGUAAAGAGACCUUCAACCUCUUCUACUAUGAGGCUGACAGCGAUGUGGCCUCGGCUUCCUCCCCCUUCUGGAUGGAGAACCCCUACGUGAAGGUGGACACCAUUGCUCCCGAUGAGAGCUUCUCGCGGCUUGAUGCUGGCCGUGUCAACACCAAGGUGCGAAGCUUUGGGCCGCUCUCCAAGGCCGGUUUCUACUUGGCCUUCCAGGACCAAGGUGCCUGCAUGUCGCUCAUCUCUGUGCGUGCCUUCUACAAGAAGUGUGCAUCCACCACCGCAGGCUUUGCCCUUUUUCCUGAGACACUCACGGGGGCCGAGCCCACUUCUCUGGUCAUCGCCCCUGGCACCUGCAUCGCUAAUGCCGUGGAGGUGUCAGUGCCACUCAAGCUCUACUGCAAUGGCGAUGGGGAAUGGAUGGUGCCUGUGGGAGCCUGCACCUGUGCCACCGGCCAUGAGCCAGCUGCCAAGGAGUCCCAGUGCCGCCCCUGUCCCCCUGGGAGUUACAAGGCAAAGCAGGGAGAGGGGCCCUGCCUCCCCUGCCCCCCCAACAGCCGCACCACCUCGCCAGCUGCCAGCAUCUGCACGUGCCACAAUAACUUCUACCGUGCAGAUUCGGACUCUGCAGACAGUGCCUGUACCACGGUGCCAUCCCCUCCUCGGGGUGUGAUCUCCAACGUGAAUGAGACCUCGCUGAUCCUUGAGUGGAGCGAACCCCGGGACCUGGGUGGCCGGGACGACCUCCUAUACAACGUCAUCUGCAAGAAGUGCCGUGGGGGCCCUGGGGCCACGGGUGCCUCAACCUGCUCUCGCUGUGAUGACAAUGUGGAGUUUGUGCCUCGGCAGCUGGGCCUGACAGAGCGCCGGGUCCACAUCAGCCAUCUGCUGGCCCACACGCGCUACACCUUUGAAGUGCAGGCAGUCAAUGGCGUCUCGGGCAAGAGCCCUCUGCCCCCCCGCUAUGCGGCUGUGAAUAUCACCACCAACCAGGCUGCCCCAUCUGAAGUGCCUACUCUACAUCUGCACAGCAGCUCAGGCAGCAGCCUGACCUUGUCCUGGGCACCCCCAGAGCGGCCCAACGGAGUCAUCCUGGACUAUGAGAUGAAGUACUUUGAGAAGAGUGAGGGCAUUGCCUCUACGGUGACCAGCCAGAAGAACUCCGUGCAGCUGGAUGGGCUGCGGCCUGAUGCCCGCUAUGUGGUCCAGGUCCGUGCCCGCACCGUAGCUGGCUACGGGCAGUACAGCCGUCCUGCUGAGUUUGAGACCACAAGUGAGAGAGGCUCUGGUGCCCAGCAGCUCCAGGAGCAACUUCCCCUCAUUGUGGGUUCUGCCACAGCUGGACUUGUCUUCGUGGUGGCUGUCGUGGUCAUCGCUGUCGUCUGCCUCAGGAAGCAGCGGCACAGCUCUGAUUCGGAGUACACAGAGAAGCUACAGCAAUACAUUGCUCCUGGAAUGAAGGUUUAUAUUGACCCUUUUACCUACGAGGACCCUAAUGAGGCGGUGCGGGAAUUUGCCAAGGAAAUCGAUGUGUCCUGUGUCAAGAUCGAGGAAGUGAUUGGAGCUGGGGAAUUUGGGGAAGUCUGUCGGGGUCGCCUAAAACAGCCAGGCCGCAGGGAGGUGUUUGUGGCCAUCAAGACGCUGAAGGUGGGCUACACGGAGAGGCAGCGGCGGGACUUCCUAAGUGAGGCCUCCAUCAUGGGUCAGUUUGACCACCCCAACAUAAUCCGGCUAGAGGGCGUGGUCACUAAAAGUCGGCCAGUCAUGAUUCUCACCGAGUUCAUGGAGAAUUGUGCCCUGGACUCCUUCCUCCGGCUCAACGACGGACAGUUCACAGUCAUCCAGCUGGUGGGCAUGUUGCGGGGCAUUGCUGCUGGCAUGAAAUACCUGUCCGAGAUGAACUACGUGCACCGAGACCUGGCUGCCCGCAACAUUCUUGUCAACAGCAACUUGGUCUGCAAAGUCUCAGACUUCGGCCUCUCCCGCUUCCUGGAGGAUGAUCCUUCUGAUCCUACCUACACCAGCUCCCUGGGCGGGAAGAUCCCCAUCCGCUGGACUGCCCCAGAGGCCAUAGCCUAUCGGAAGUUCACCUCUGCUAGUGAUGUCUGGAGCUAUGGAAUCGUCAUGUGGGAGGUCAUGAGCUAUGGAGAGCGACCCUACUGGGACAUGAGCAACCAGGAUGUCAUCAAUGCUGUAGAGCAGGAUUACCGGCUGCCCCCACCCAUGGACUGCCCCACGGCACUGCACCAGCUCAUGCUGGACUGCUGGGUACGGGACCGGAACCUCAGGCCCAAAUUCUCCCAGAUCGUCAACACCCUGGACAAACUCAUCCGAAAUGCUGCCAGCCUCAAGGUCAUCGCCAGUGCCCAGUCUGGCAUGUCACAGCCCCUCCUAGACCGCACGGUCCCGGAUUACACGACCUUCACGACAGUUGGUGACUGGCUAGAUGCCAUCAAGAUGGGGCGGUACAAGGAGAGCUUUGUCAGCGCGGGGUUUGCAUCCUUUGACCUGGUAGCUCAGAUGACCGCAGAAGACCUGCUGCGGAUUGGGGUCACCUUGGCUGGCCACCAGAAGAAGAUCCUUAGCAGUAUCCAGGACAUGCGGCUGCAGAUGAACCAGACACUGCCCGUGCAGGUCUGACACCUGACUCCCACGGGGUGGGUACUCCCCCAAGGACUGUGCAGGGACUCUGACCAGCCGGCUGGACUUUUGGACUUUUGGAUGCCUGGCCUUAGGCUGUGGCCCAGAAGAUGGAAGUUUGGGGAAGGCCCAAGCUGGGACUUCUCCUACAAGCCUGUGCUCCCUCCCCAGGAAGUGUGUCCCAAACCUCUUCAUAUUGAAGAUGGAUUAGGAGAGGGGGUGAUGACCCCUCCCCAAGCCCCUCAGGGCCCAGGCCUUCCUGCUCUCCAGUGGGGGAUACCCACCACCUCAGACUUCGCUGUUCUUCAGUGCUGAAGGUCCUGGCAGGGUCAGGUGGAGGAUAAGCCUGGGUUCUAUAGGGCCCAGCCCUGGCAGGGGUCUGGCCCCCCAGGUAGGCAGAGAGCAGUCCCUCCCUCAGGAACUGGAGGAGGGGACUCCAGGGAAUGGGGAAAUGUGACACCCCAUCCUGAAGCCAGCUGGCACCUCCAGUUUGCACAGGGACUUGUUCUGGGGGCUGAGGGCCCUGCCCCACCCCCGCCCUUGGUGCUGUCAUAAAAGGGCAGGCAGGGGCAGGCUGAGGAGUAGCCCCUUGCCCCCCAGAGACUGACUCUCAGAGCCAGAGUUUGGGUGUGUAUGUGAGUGUGUUUGUGUGUGUGUGUAUAUGUGUGUGUGUGUGUGUGUGUGUGUGUGUGUGUGUGUGUCUGUGCAUGCACGGACCUGCACAGAGAGCAUGGGUGAGUGUGUAAAAGAUUGGCCCUGUGCCCUGCAGUGGGGCCAGCUGGGCCGACAGCGGAAUAAAGGCAAUAAGAUGAUUCUCUUGCCCCUUCUCUUUGCACCUCCUGAGGCAGGAUUCUCUCAUGACCUCAGGUUCACAGUCCCUCAGCGCCAGCCCUCUUCAGAAUUCUCUGGAGUCAUUGGGAGACCAGUUUUGGGCCUAGCCAGGCUCACCUUCCCUUUUGUGCUUUGGCCUUAUUGCAUCUAACUUCUUGGAAGUGGGUGGUAACAGUAGAAAGCAAACUGCCCCUGACUUCCUGCCUUCUCAGGCCCAGGUGUUCCCGGGGCCAGGGCAGAUGCUGGAGUCGGCAUGGUGUGACAGAGCCCUUUCACACCCAUUGUCUUUGAGGGAGUGGAGGGUGGAAGGGGUUGGUCAGCUCCCAAGGUCACGUGGCGUUGGACAAAGGGCUCAAGAGACCACUGGUGUUGAGAUGCAGAGGCUAGCUCCUUUCAGCAAGCAUCAGACCGGAAGUGUGGGUACUCUUUACUGAGCGCUUACUAUGCUCCAGGCACUGGGCUAAAAUGCUCCAUUUAUACAUGGAUCUUUAUUUAAUCUCACAACAACCAGCCAAGGAAGGAAGUAUUUUUAUCUCUUUUUUACAGAGGAGGAAAGGGAGAGGUUAAGUAACUUGCCCAAAGUCGCUGAGCCAGUGAGUCCUGGGGCUGGGAUUCCCACCCAGAGACUGCCUGCACACUUGAAAGGUUCAGAGGAUAAAUAACAAGAACCAGGGAGAGGAUUAGGAAAACAGCUUCUGGAAAUGUCAAAGGAGAAAUUGGGGGGGGGGGGGGGCGGCGCGCAGAGGCCCCUUGGAUGCAGAAACACACAAGUUGGAGGGAGGCAAGUGCAGUCGUUUUUCCCAGUGUCAGGAGGGACACUCUGGCAGUAAACCUCUGCAGGGCGUGGAACAGGUUUCCAAGGUACCCGCAUUCCCUAAAUCAGAGUCUUGGCCGGACCCGGUAGGGGGAGGGGCGUGGACAAAGCCCCGUAGAUCUCCGGGUUCAUGCGCCGCGGGCCCCACACAUCUCCCGGACAUUUCCUGGCAGGGCAGAGUUCUCAGUGGGGGCGGUAGUCCGGGGGUGGCGCUGCUGCGGACGGGGAGGCAAGGGGUAGCUACUUCAGGCGCAGGGGAACAGGCCCUCCGAGUCGGGCGGACCAGCGUGCUGAGAGCAGGCGCAGGGGAGCCGGCGGCGGGCGGCUCGCGGUGCGGGCUCCCCGCCCGCUCCAGCCCCUCCGCCGCGCGCUCCCGCGCUCCGCUGCUCCCGCCGCGCCCGCUCCUUAGCAUUCCCCCCACGGAGCCGAGCGCCGCGCUGCAGUGGCUGGUCCGGGGGAGGGGCGCCCCUUCAGGCUCUGUCCUCCGCGUCCCCGAGGGUCGGGAGGUGGGUGGGCACCGAGCUCCUCCGCGGAACCCUCCUUCCCUGGCGGGGGACUGCCGAGGGUGGGGGGUGACGGGGACGGUGCGCUCCCCUCCCGCCCCCCCAACCCCCCAGGUCGCCUUGGACCCAGGCGCCAGAACUGUCAACAGCGCGAGGUGUCUCGGGCGGCCAGGGGAGGGGACGCGAUGCGGAGUGGCGUCCUGCACACCCCGCGCGGCAUUCCCGGACUGAGGGUACAGAUAAAGGGGAGGGGCCCUCCAAGCGCCUGCUCAAGUGUCCACUUCCUGCUCCUGAGGCUCCGAGGUGAGGAAGGGCCCGUGGCUCAUGUCUCCUGGACUGACUCCCUCAGCGCCCUACCCGUCACUUUAAUAGUCUUAGCGGGAGCCUGGGAUGGGGGCUCCACCCGGAGAGGUAAGAUAUCGCCCCCUACUGGGUCCGCAAGGAGGGCGGGAUGGUGGACGUGGAGCUCCACCAGAGGAACUGGGGGCCAGGAGCCCUACAGAGAGGGCACUUGGUGUGUGCACCCCAGGCCGAAGAUUUCUAGGGAUGUCGAGGGACGUCUUGACUCCAGAAAUCCGGGGUACGUAAGGCAUUCUGUUGGAUGUGCCCUAUGCAGCUCACCGCACAUACCUCCCUCCAUGUGUGUUCAGAUUUGUACUCCCUUGCAUGCCCACCUCUCUCCUUAACCACUGAAACAGCAGACAGGGACACCCUACACUUACCCAAGCCAUACUCACACCAUGUGUCUAAGUCACCUCCUUUAUUCAGGUUCACACGUCCUCAGUUAUAAGACCCUCUGUCCCAACUACCCAACCUACACGCGGCUAGAGCUUCCGUGACUGAGAAGAGGUGGGGGAAGGGAUGCAAAGACCACAAAGCACUAAAGCCGACCCCUCCUUGAAGGCCCUGCUCUGGUGCAUUCCUACCUGAGAGGCCUAAGCCAGCUAACCUGUAUCUCCCUGGGGGUUGGGUUGAGUCCUCAAGACCUCUGAGCAGUGAAGCAGGGAGGGGUGGGGCGUGGUUAGGGGAGAGAAAGAAUGAGGGUAUUCAGGAGGGGUCUGUCUUUUCUGGGGACAGAAAAGGAAUGAGAGGUAGUGCAGUCUUAUUCUGUCCAGUCUUAGUUAAUUACACACUCCUGGGGGCAGAAAAUUAGAUCUCCCAAGUUAGUGCUUAAAAAGGGAAGCCAGUGGAAGGAGGGAGUAUUGAGGCUGGGGGAGAGGCACUCUGGCACACCUCUCUUAUCCCAUCUGCCCCAGAGGGGCAGUUGCAGCCCCAAAUGACCUAAACUCAGAGUAUGGACAGGUAGGGAAAGUAAACUGCUCCAAGCAGUGUCUCCCUCCAACAGGGGUGGCUCCAGGGAGAAGGACCUGGACAGCAGCCCUUAGAUCUAAGCCUGAAUGGCCAGACCCUGGAUUAGAAACUGGAAAUCUGGGGGGACUGGGGUAGUGCAGUGGGAAGGGCUGCAGAUUUAGAGUCUAGGCAGACCUGGGGUCAAGGCCCAGCUUCUUAGUCUGUGACCUUGGGCAGGUUGACUUCUCUGUGCCUCAAUGCUCUCAUCUGUAAAAAGGUGUAGUAAUCAUUCCUACUUCAUGAGACUGUUACAAACAUUAAGUCGGUUAAUGAAUGUAAAGUAUGUGCCAAGAUCAUAGGAAGUACUCAAAAAUUGCAGCUAAUAUUUUUAUUAGUAUGAAGUGUAAAUAACUUAUAGGAAAAGAUAGGAAAAUGCUGAAUAGUGCUUGACGCAUAGCAGGAGCUGAAUAAACCAAGGCACUUGGGGGAAAUCCACCAUCCCCUUUCCAUGCACAGGGUGCUAGACAUUUUCCUGCAGGCCUAGCCCAGGCCCUGGCCCACUUCCUGGGAUAGGACUGUUGGGGCUUGGGUGGUUUGAAGGCAACAAGGGUGCAAAAGUCCAUUAAGAGGUAGAGAAUCCAGCAAGUUGUGGAGGGAAUGUGGUUUCUGCAUCUAUCCCCUUAGCACACUGAUCUGGGAUCUGGCUUGGGGGGGGGCUCCUCCCCAAUAUUCACUCAUUCUUCAGGUGAAGUUUACUGGAUGUCUAUGUGCCAGGUGCUUUGCUGGGCACUAGGAAUUUGUGAUGAGCAAAAAUAGAGAUAGCCACUGCUUAAAAGAACUCAGUCUAAUAGGAACAUGGAUGUUACUCACAUAGUCAUACCAAGAAAUGUAUAAAAUUACAAGUCAAGGCAAAUGUUAAUGGAUGUGGGACCAAAUCACAGCUCUAGAGACCUGAGCUAGUCUUGGGCAAGGCUGAGGGUCCUUUAACCAGUUAUCUGGUGCCCAGGAGAGGGAGCUGGGGCCCCCAUUGCCCUCCAAGUCCUUUUAAACUUUUGGUAUCUGAACCUGAGCAUAUCUUCAUUCACUCCCUCCCUCACUCAUUCAUUUAUUCAGUUGGACCCUUCUGUAUGCCAGUCCCAGUGUAUGGAGUUGGGGAUACAGAGGUGAACCAGCUAUAGCUCCUAUUCCUUGGAGGUGCACACAGCUCAGAGGGGAUCACUGAUAGAUAAAUCAGCUGACGGAAUGUGGUACAGUAAGUGCUGCAGCUAGAUAAGCACCAGGAACUGUAAGGAAGGGACUCAGGCUGGGAAUUCUGUCAAAGAAGGGUGCUUGAAAAGGGGACCUAAAUUAAGCCUUAGAGGCUAUUAGCAGUUAGCAGGAAGGGAGAAGGAAACAGUCUGUGCAAAAGUCUUGGGGCUUGUACGAGCAGGGCAGUCUAGGGGCACGGAGACCAUUCUAACUCAGAGGAUGAGGAAGGAACAGGGUCAUAGACAUAUGCCAUUGACUAAGCCUUCCCUUCCUCAUAAUUCAUCCCCAGCUCGGCCAUUUACUUCUCAUAGCCCAGAGGGCCGGUCAUGGGCACCUGGUCCCAGCAGUUCUACGGCUCCGCAGUGUCCCUUUGGCACCCUAUCUGUCACCACUUCUGUAGCCCUCUGCUCUACCUCUUCCCUGCCUCAAGGCACAUUUGUCCACAGGCAUUUCUGAGUACCUGUGAUGUGUUCUAUCCCCAUUUCUACAGAAGAGCUCAGAAAGAUUACAUGGGUUGCCUGAGGUCCCAGAGCCAGUCAACGGCAAAGCCAAGAUCUGAAUUGGAUCUAACCUAUCCACUAUUCUGGGUUCUUCCCACUCUAGCAGGAUACCUUGGAAGAGGGCCCAGGGGAACCUAGAAGUGCUGCACCUCUAUGGCACACCCAGGCCCUUCCUGGGUCACUUCAAAUUGACACUCUCCCCACAAGGAGAGGGCUCUGCACACAUGGGCAAUGGCUACCUAAGCUUUCCUUUUUCAGAGAGGGAAGAGGAGAGAGGAGAGCUGGGUCCCAGGCACUGAAGGCAUCAGUAGGAGCACAGUCCAGGAAUGCAUAGGGUUCCAGCUUGGGGGUGGGGGCACAGGUCUGACAGGCAAGAGCUCUGUCCCUCUACUUCCCCUCCCUGCCCCUCUCUGUUUCUCAUUAAUUAUUCCCUUCUCAUGGGGCAGGAAUGAAAACAGACUCAGGCUCUGGCUGAAGGCCUGCUGUGACAUCAGCCUAGAGGUGGCUGCCCCGACCCUGACUACUGGGGGCUGGGGAAGACCCCCUACCCCACUUUAUCCUGCCCUGACAGGGAGAAGGAGAGGCAGGAAACAAUUGUCCCUGAACCCCUUUCCCUCCUCUGGGCACUGAACUUGGGGCAGGUGAGAGAGGUACUGGCCUGGAGGACCAGGCAAGGGUGUGUCUCCAGGAAUGUGGGGGUACAGAAGCUGACUUUCCCCAGACACCACGGCCUCCCACAUACCCUGCGACUCCCACCCGCACUGCCACUCCAGCACCACUCCCAAGCACUGUGCUUCCAACGUCCUCUCUGCUUACUUUUGAAACCACCUCCACUAUUGAAAUCUUCCCUACACUACCUUCUUCUCAUCCUCACCUCCCUCAUUUUUUUUGAGCCUCAUGUUCACAGUCAGCCUUCUUCCUUGGACUUGGGGUGCCUGGCUGACCAGAUUCUUCUCAGCUCUAGCUUGACCUCUCACCUCCAGUGGUGGUGGUGGUGGCGGCGGUCUGGGUGGUCUUAUUCUCCUUCUUCCUCUUCUUUUAAAGUAGGCUCCAUGCCCAACGUGGGGCUUGAACUCACUACCCUGAGAGUGCAUGCUCUACUGACUGAGCCAGCCAGGCGCCCCCUCCAGUGAUCUUCUUCAUUUCCAAUUGGCCUUCAACAACACACUGAGCUACACAUUGAUCCUUAUUAUCAUCGAGCCAUCUCCAAGACUGGAAGUCUGAUAUUCCAGUCUCUCACCACUUCCUCCUGUCUGCCCAGUUUUGAAAUCUCUGGUCCCCAAAUCCCUUUUUCUCCCCACCUGGGGGCCUUCUGGGGUGUACCCAACUUGGACUAUUCUCACUCACAGACAUUGCCACCAUGACCUCUCUGACCAAUCCUUUUCUUGUUUUGCUAAGUUUUAGUAGGUGUGCUGCCAAAGCGAGCACUUGUUUUGCUAAUUUUUAACAAAAUUCUCUGACAGCACCUGGUACAGACUUUUCUAUACUACUUAGGUCCCCCAGUUGCAGCUUCUUCCAUUCUCACCUCCUAGUUUACUAAAAUAAUGCAUCCUCUCAACGACACCUGUUGAGAUUUCCUCUUUGCCAGACACUGAGCUUCAGGCAGUAGAGGUAAGUGAGCUGCCCUCAAGAAGCCUACAAUCCAGUGGAGGAGAAAGACAGGUAAUAGGUUGACAGAAAUAUUCCAAGUGUCACUGAUGGAUUUUGAGUGACAUGAGAACGGUGUCUUGGGAAGUGGAGUGAGACAGGUGUAGGAUGCACUGGCGGACACAGAGAUGACAGCAGGAAGGCAGGGAAGGAGGCCACAGUGUAGGUGAAGGGUAAUAAGGUCCUAGAUGGAGAUGGGGUGAGGAGGAGGUGUUAUAGAGGUGACGAGGAGGCAGGUGUAAGGGAUCUUGCAGAGGUAAGAAGCAACAUGUUUAGUGACUGGCAAGAUGUGGGAGGGGAGAGACAAUAGAAGUCUGAGCCUGGGUGAUUUUGAGGACUGGGUAUUUGGGUGUACUUUGGGACCAUUUAUAGAUUCAGGAAGUACAGGAAGAACAGUAUAGUUGAAGGAGAACAGUGGAUUAAGUUUGGAGCUUUCAAGGAGAGAUGCCCAGUAAGGCAGGCAUUGCAUAUAUGGAUCUGGAGCUCAGGAGUGAGGUCUGAGCAUGGAGGCCAGUGAUCAAGUUUAGAGAACAGGUAAGAUUGCCUUCGAGAGUUGUAGAGUAAAGAGAAGAGGCCGAGGUGGGUGUGUAGGGAAUGCCCCGCUCACUGCUCCUGCAAGCAUCCUUCAUGCCUUUCUGAGAGCCCUUAUCAUAGUACAUUGUAAGUGUGUUCCUGUUUGUCUUCUCUGCCUUGAUGUAUGCUCCUUCUUGAUGAUGCAUGUCUCACAGGAAGAUGGGCCCAGGUCUGGCACAAGAUAAGGGCUCAAUAAUGCCUGAGGGAUGAAUGGAUAGUAAUAGUGAUGUGUUGAGAGCUUAGUAGUAUGUGUGGGGCACCAUUCUAAGUGUAUUACAUUUAGUAAUUCAUCUCCAGGACAACUCUACAUUUCUAACUCUCAAUUGAAAUGUACUCUUAACAUUUCUGUGUUACAGAUGGGAAAGCUUGGUUAAGAGAAAUUAAGUAACUUGUCCAAGGUCAUAGUACUAGUAAGUGACAGAGCCAAGAUUUGAAUCCAGGUAGUUUUGUUCCUGAGCUGAUACUUUUUAUUCUCAUACUAUUCUGCUUCUUAAAUAAAACUUAAAAUCUACUGUGAUUACCAUAAUCGAAUGCUUACUGUGCCAGGCACUGUGCUGAGAACUUUAUUAAAUUAUUUAAUUUAAUUCUGUAAAAAUGGGUUAAUAGAUGAAUGUAUUGAUGGGUGGAAUAAAAUAAACAUGUACUCAUGUGUGUAUAUGUGGAUAAGUGGAUGAAUGGAUGGGUGCAUGAAUGUGUAGAUGAAAAAGUAAAUGGAAGGAUAGAUGGAAUGAUGGAUAGAUAGGUGAAUAUAUGUACGAAAGAAGAAUAGUUGGAUGAAUGAAUGAUGGGUAGGUGAAUGAAUAAAUGAAUGGAUAUGUGGAUGGAUGGAUGGAUGGCUGGAUUAAAGGAUAGGCAAGCAGGUGUAUGGAUGAGAAAAUGCAUGGAUGGAUGGGUGGAUGGAUGGAUGGAUGGAUGGAGUGCCUGGAUGGCUCAGUUGGUUAAGUAUCCAACUCUCGAUUUCAUCUCAGCCCCUCCCCAGGCUCUCUCUCUCUCAAAAUACAAGAAGGAAGGAAGGAAGGAAGGAAGGAAGGAAGGAAGGAAGGAAGGAAGGAAGGAAGGAAGGAAAAACGGGAGAGAUGGAAAGACUAAUGGAUACACAAGCAUAGAUGAAAAGAUAGACAGCUGGAUGAAUGGGUGAAUGGGUGGAUGAGUAGAUAAAUGAAUGGGUGAAUGGAAAGACAGAUGAAUGGUAAGGUGAAUGAAUGGAUAGACAAUUAGAUGAUUAGAUGAAUGGAUGGUUGGAUGGAUGAGUGGAUGUUUAGGUGGUUCGAUGGAUAAAGGAAGGAAUUCCUAUAUUUAGGGCUAUAAAAGAGAGUAAGAAAAUUCACAAAUUAUGGCCCCUACACCUUCUUUUAGAUAUAUCUAUGCCUUCUCCUGGCCAUUUCUUCCACAGUAGUAUAUAGAAUCUGUCCUGUCCUACCCCACCCCCCACCCCUAACAAGGCACAAAAGCUUGGUCCUCAUCUACCCACCAUCACCCCCAAGUACAGAGACAUUGUGGAAUGGAUUUCAGCCAUUCAGUUUCUCUUUCUGUUCUUCUGCCUUGAUGUCCAGGGAAAGCCCCUUUCAAACAACCAGGCAGGAAAAAGGCAAGUGGUGGUUGUGAGGGCUCCUCCUUCGGUCCCCUGUUGUGUCUUUAACAGGCCUAACCCUAGAGGCCCAGGACCCAAUCAGAUGCCAGGGUUGGAAGUAGUGAUCAGAGUGGGAAAUUAACAGGCAUCACAGGAAGUGUUAGGGGCACAGCGUCAGUGGGAAGGUAUGCUCUGUGGGGCUGGUGGGACAGCCAUAUCUAUUCUCAGGCAGAGAAGGGAUUUUUUGAAGGGGCAUUCAGGUAGAAUGGAGGAAAUAAAGCCUUUCUGAGCUUGAAGACAGUAUCCACCUCUGAAGACAUCCAACUGUAAGCCCUCAGCUCUAUUACAUGGGAACUAUAUGACCUUAGACAACUCACUUAGCCUUUCUGA